AUUAGUCAAUAGGGGAUGGGUGGUUUGCUUUACAAAUUGCUACAUUUGAGAUGCCUGUGGGACAUGGAUGAAAAGGGGUUGUUUAUGACGUUGGGAAGCUCAGGUUUCUCAGCCCGCACCUUUCACUUCAUGGCCAGGAACUCUGGAGAACACUACUAAUCGUUAAGAGAUGGGUUAGAAAAAGAAUUCUUGAAGGAGACUGAGAAGGAUGGCGUGAGAGGAAGAAAGAAAAUCCAGAGAGUGACAUAGAAAAUAAAUGAUAAAGAAUGUCCAACAGCUUCAAACGGCGUCUAAAGGUUAAGUUAGAAGACCUGGAAAUUCCUCACGUGAGUUUGGCAAUUAAGAUAAUGAUGGCCACAUUGCCAUUUUCUUCGGGAGCAGAACCCGCAGGGCAGAGCACGAAGGAGGAAGUGGAGACGAUGGAUUAUAUUGCCUUUUUCAAAAAAACUUGGCCGUUAACGGAAAAGGAGGGAUGGUGUAAGAGCGGGACGGGAGGACGUCUCAGCACGUUUAUAGCUAAAGCGAAGCCCAGAGGGUGGAGCAGACGGAAGCGCAAACCCCUUCUCGCCCUUGCAGCUCUGCCAGCCCUCCCCCCACGUGACCGGGAGGCAGCCUGUGCAGCCCCGGCCUGGAGGGACUACAGCCCCCAGAAGGCCCCGCGGCGCGGGUGGGGGGAGGAGUCGAGGCCUGGCGCGCGCCCCAGCGGCGCGAGCGGAAGAGCAAGAGCUUCGAGGAGGUGGCGGAAGCGGAGAGCGACGGCACGCCCGGUAACGAGUAGCCCCACGUCCCUGUCCUUUCCUGCCUCUACACCCUUAGCUGGGGCUGGUCGCUCCACUUCUCCCCACACACUUUGGACAAGACUUCCUUUCUCUUUUUCCUCGGUUUCUAGAUCUGAAAAACGGGGCUAAUUUGGCCUGCCUGCCUUCAGUGUUGUGGGCGUCAGCGGAUAAUAUGUGAUACGUGGGUGAAAGCAUGUAUCAGAUAUAACUUUAUCCUCCUGUCUCCAGUCUAGGUCAGUUGAAUUUUAAAACCACGUUCAUGUCUUUGAAACUCGAUUAUAAACAUGACCAUGCUCUUUGUGAAAAGCAAAUGAUUUAAUAAAUAAGGGGAAGUGA